CGAGGGACCUCCUGUCGGAGAGUGAAGCUCCGCUGGUUUCAAUGAAAGAGGGGGAGAAGAGUAAUGCAGAGGGAUGUAAGAUGGCAGAGCUACAAAUGUUGUUAGAGGAAGAAAUUCCGGCUGGAAAAAGAGCCCUUGUGGAGAGCUACCAGAACCUUUCAAGGGUUGCGGAAUAUUGCGAGAACAAUUAUGUGCAGGCACAAGACAAGAGGAAAGCCCUGGAGGAGACCAAAGCCUACACCACCCAGUCCCUGGCGAGCGUGGCCUAUCAGAUCAAUGCCUUAGCCAACAAUGUGCUGCAGCUGUUGGAUAUCCAGGCUUCACAGCUGCGCAGGAUGGAGUCCUCCAUCAACCAUAUCUCUCAGACUGUGGACAUUCAUAAAGAGAAAGUUGCCAGACGAGAGAUUGGGAUCCUCACCACUAACAAAAACACCUCUCGCACCCACAAGAUCAUCGCCCCCGGGAACAUGGAGCGACCCGUGCGCUACAUCAGGAAGCCCAUAGAUUACACCCUGUUGGAUGAUGUGGGUCACGGUGUAAAAUGGCUUAAAGCAAAGCAAGGGAAUAACCAGCCAGCUCGGGCAGGUGGAGGAACAUUAUCCAGGACCAACCCACCCACACAGAAGCCCCCAAGCCCCCCCAUGGCAGGGAGAGGUACCCUGGGACGAAACACACCGUACAAGACCCUCGAGCCAGUCAAGCCUCCUGUGGUGCCUAAUGACUACAUGACCAGUCCAGCACGUCUGGGCAGCCAGAACAGCCCGGGACGCACAGCCUCACUCAAUCAGAGACCCAGAACGCACAGUGGCAGUAGUGGGGGCAGCGGUGGUCGGGAGAACAGCAGUAAUAGUAUGGGAAUCCCUCUGGCUGUGCCAACACCCUCCCCUCCCAGUAUGGCACCAGUAGUCCCUCCAGGUCCAGGUUUGGGCCCAAUCCCAAUGUCUCAGUUCGGAACAAUCUCCCGGCAGAUCUCCAGACACAAUUCCUCCACUACUUCUUCUUCCGCCUCUAUGGUGUCAGCUACCGGCACCUACCGGCGCGCCCCUGCUAGCUCCUCCCAGUUCUCUGUGCCUCAACCCCACCUGAACGGAGGUCCCACGUACCCCCAGAACACAAUGUCUGUCGCUCCACCACCUCCUCCCAUGGUGCAGCUGACGCCCCAGAUUCCCCUCACUGGCUUUGUAGCCAGAGUUCAGGAGAACAUAACAGACAGCCCAUCUCCUCCCCCACCUCCUCUACCUGAGGACACGCCCAUGUUUGAGGAAGCAGCUCCGCCCCCUCCACCUCCACCUGUGGAUUAUGAUGAAGAAGAUGCAGCUCUGGUGCACUACAAUGACCCCUAUGCUGAUGGAGACCCCCACUGGGCCCCAAAAUCCUAUAUAGAAAAGGUGGUGGCCAUCUAUGACUACACAAAGGACAAAGAUGAUGAGCUGUCCUUCAUGGAGGGCGCCAUCAUCUACAUCAUCAAGAAAAAUGAUGAUGGCUGGUUCGAAGGCGUGUGUAAUGGUGUGACCGGACUGUUUCCUGGCAACUACGUUGAAUCCAUCAUGCAUUACGCUGACUAAUACUAAAUCCCAGAGACAGCAUCCAAUGCAGCCAAUCAGUUACAAACAUUGCAAAGUGCAUUAGAAUAUGACUGAAUGUUUGUUUUUGUCCAAUCACCAAUGUAUGAAGGGAUCUACAAUGCUCACUGUUUGAGGAGACAGGGCUCGUAUUGCCUCUACAAAGAAUAUGAAAAGAAACAAACAAGUCUCACUACUUUCUGGUUAGGUUGCCUCAUAUAUUUUGUACAUAUAUUAAAGUGAGACGUUGCCUGUAGGCUGUUGCUAGUGUUUGUUUUUGUGCGUGUUUUGUCAUUGUACUGAGAUCUGUAUUUGCCAAGUGUCAGCUAGGGCUAGUUUGUUUUGGUUUUUUCCGAAAACUUUUCUCUCUCUCGCUCUCCUGCCUGUCUUUUUUUUUUUUUUUUUUUUUUUUUUAAACCAAACUGUCAAGCUCUUCCUUUACAGGAGGAAGAAAUGUUUGAAUGUCAUUUUUGGAAUAUUGUUAUGCCUGGACAAUAAUUAGGCAAAAAAAUAUAUAUAUAUAUAAAAAUGACAAUUAUGUCUUUACCUACAUUUCGCCUUCAGGAUUUGCUCAAAUUUUCUAUAAUUUUACCUCAUGACUGUAAGGGAAAAGACAGAUGCAGUAAUGUGCAGAGAUUCUUCUGCAUAUCAAACAAAACUUCAUAUGAACAUGUCCACGUUAUAUAUUUCACCCCAAGAUAAAAAAAAUAAUAACAAAAUCUAUUUUGCUCCUAGAUAAUUAUACCUAUGUUUUAGAUUUUUUCUUUUUUUGCAUUAUAUUAUUUUUAUGACAAUUCAGCACAUUUUCCCCAAAUUAUUAUUAUUAUUACCAUAAUGAAAAAAAAUCUCAUUCUCAUUACUGUAAUGUGAAAAUAUAUAUAUAUUAUUUAAUUUUUUUUAUACAUUCUGGCAUACAUACAUUUCAUACAUUUAUUGUACUGCCAUUAAUUUAUGCUGAUUUAAAAAUAAAAAUGCAUUACAGUAAUAAUAAUCACUAUUGAGUGUAAAGGGAAUUAUUUAAAAAAAAAAAAAAAAAACUCAAAAGUAAAUUUUCCGAUACAAUAUUAAAUGCAAAAAAAAUCUUAAUGGUCCUACAGGCUUUGUUUCCUUUAUGCAAUAUAUAUAUAUUUUCUUCUUCUUCUUCUUUUGUGACCUGGACAUGUUUUCAUGAGAUUCACCCAUAUAACUGUGAGUUUUAACUGUGCCAAGCUGGUCUUAGAUAUUGUUUUUGUUUUAAACUGCUGAAGUAUUGUGAACUUGAUUAUGUUGCACUGACCGGGCGACACUGGCUCACUAGCUGAACGAGUCUCAUUGCCCUCAGAUUAAAAUUUGUUACAUGAAGAAUUUUUUUUUUUUUUGUCAUUGUAAAUAAUAUGUAGGGGGACCAUGCAAAUCUGAAUUUGUGUCUUUCUAUUUUGACCAGUUCAGAAGUUUUGCUGAAUUUAGGCGAAAAUCCAUAGAUUUGAUGGAAAAAUCAAGUUUAGUGUAUAGUAUUGACGAAUGUGAGCUCAUAACUGUUAGCAUGGCACAAACAUCAAGAUGAUUCUCGUUUCUGGUUUUUAGAAGCGUCUCAAACUACUGUUGAAGGCGAGCAGUGUUUUAAUUUAUUUAAUCCAAUGAAAUAUCUGUGAGAAUGUAACUCACGUAGAGCUGUCUGAACAAUGACCACUUAAUGUUAAGCAUUGCAAGGCCUUGUCAUAAGAUGUGCAAGUGAUCUGUAAUUUAAAUGUUCCUUUGCAGAAUAUCUGCAAAUGAUAUAAUCUCUAUUAUCGUUUUGUAUAUAUAAUCUGUUUUUCUUUUUAUGUACAAUCUCUUUUUAUAAUAAAGCACUCUCCUGUGCAAAA